CCACAACUGUGUUGCAGGAGGCCCCUGCAACACUAUUGCAAUGAUCUCAUUUGACAUAGCAGAGAAUAAGGUUGCAGGUGAGGCGUGGUUUAGUCUUUUACUGAAUUAUCUCCGGCUGAAAUCGAAAACACCACAAACACAAGUUUACUGUUUUUGCUGUCUGGUGGAUUAAAAUGGACCAGAAGUGGACGCAGAUUCUCAUGAUGCUGGUCUUUUGUCAAAGUAAGUGUGUUCUACAUUUUACCAGUACUCAUUUUUUGACCCCUAGAGGAACUGUUCAAGUGUUUCAUAGCUUGUGUUGUAGUUUCGUGCCUUCAAGUGGUGAUUAAUAUGGCUGCCUUCAUUUUUCACCUUCUUUAGAAAUUACUACAGGAGCUUGCCAGGACAUCGUGUUACGAGAACAGCAGAGUUACAGCAUCAAAUGUGAUAUUCAAGGGCCUGGUUCCACCAUUGUGUGGUUUCGAGUGCUGGACACUGCUGGCAUAGAGUUCAUUGUCUCCUUUAACGCUAUUGGUGAUUUAAAGCAUCCGUCAAGCUUGUUUUCUUCCAUCUUCAGUUACUCAAAGGGCAAACAUAACACACUCACAUUGAAUGCAUUCAGCAAAGCCCGUGACAGUGGGGUUUACAGCUGUGCCUCUCUGAAAGGGUAUGAAUUGAAGUUUGGCCCAGUAACACGACUGGUUGGAGGUCAGUGUUGUUCAUUUGUAAUUAUGAUAAAAGAUUAAAUCUAUUUAGCCACACUUCCCCUCACUCUGCUCUUCCCUCUUUAGAAAAAAUUAAAGUUGCAACAGAAGCCCCAGCGAUCCCCACCAAACCACCAUCAUGCACGACUGCUGCGCCAUGUGUCUGCGACCACAAGACCGAACAAGGUACAUGUUUCAAAUAACAAUGUUGUGUGUAUCACCUUCAUAGUUACAAAAAUAAGAAACAGACAUUGAAUCAGCUAUUGUAUUUUUAGAAGAGGAAACCAGCUUCUUGAUGCUUUGUCCUCCUAUUGUGCUGGGCCCACUUGUUGGUGGCUGUGGCCUUCUUCUUCUACUCCUCAUCAUCACCGCUUUGUACUGCAAUAGUAAGUGCUCUAACCUUGAAGAAAAGCUGUUAUGGAGUUGAUUACAGCCUAAUUUGUUGAAUAAUAUUCAAUUUGAUUUUCUUGUAAACUUUUCUGCUAGUUUUGCUUUCAUGUGAGUGUAUUUGUAAAGUAUUUAAAUAGACCUGAUUUUGUUUUAGAAAUACGCACACGGAGAUGCCCCCACCAUCAUAAAAGAAAGUAAGUAACAUGGUCUUCAUAUCUAACAUUAGAUUGAGUAGGAUCUUUGCAACAACCUUCCCAAUUAACAAAAUAGUCCUUUUGUUGCUCUGCUUUUAUAUCAAUCUCUCUAAAAACAUAAUUCUACCCCGCAGCCAAGAUGUAACUCAUAUUACUGUCAGAGAUUUGGUUUGACUAAAAUAAGCACCAUUGUUCUCGGCAAUAUAAUUUACAGGAAUCUAUUUAUAAAUUUAAGUUUAGGAAAGUGUGAUUUUUGUAGUUUCAGUGUUUUUACAUGCCACCUGGGAUAUAACGCAUAAAAAAGGAAAACAAAAUUUGAUUUCUUGAUGCAUGAAAGUAUUUGCAAAAUAUCAGUUAUAAGAUCAAGAAUUUAAAUUCAAUGUUGCCAAAAAAUUAUCACAAAUUUAAAUAGAUAAAAACAUAAAAACAUAAUCAGUAUUUUUACAUGUCUUUUUUUUAUACUAUUUUUCACAUGAUUUAGGCCCCGGCCGAUGCCUCCUGGAAAACAAGCGAUGCCCAACAGACGUAUGUAAAGUAAAAGGGGCUCUAUUCAAUUAUGUUUUUGUUUUUUUGUUUUUCACACCAAAAGUACUGCGCUGUUUUGAUUUUUUCAGAAAUCUUUUUUAACCAUUUUGCUGUCAUCUUGUUGAAUUCUUUGCUUUAUGACACUUUGCUUUCGUUUGCAGUUAACACAUUUAAACAUGUUUAUUCAACCAUCAUGAGUGCAAAGAAUAUAAGAAACCACUUCAGUUCUAAGGAUACAUUUUUAAAACUGAGCUGAUCUGCUAGUUUUUGUUGUAUUUUCUUACUGAUUGUAUAUAAUUGAUUUUGCAUUUGGUUUUUUUUAUUUUUCAUUAACAAUAAAAGCUUUAAAUCUUUACCAUAA